UCAGAGGGAUACACUGAGGAAACACUCGGUGAGGGGCUUUCUGGGUAAUGUAGUUCGCGUCGCGGGAGCAGGGACAUGUCGGGCGUGGGUCCCGAUCACCUCGGCAACGACCCAGCGGCGCGGCGACUGGCUCCGGGACCUAGAGUCUUAGCGGGCUGCGGGCCUGGAGCCCCUGCUUGCUCAGGGUCUGGGCGUUUCUGUGUGAGCAGCUGAGGUUGGGGCGGGACUUCCGUUGUCGCCACUGCAUUCCUCAAUUCGCGGUUGGUGGGGUGCUUGGCAGGUGGCCCCUGGGACCAGAGAUGAGGGUAGGGAAGUACCGGGACUGUCACCACUCCACUGCACGCACUUUUCCCCCUCCGCUAACGGCUCCUCCUUCCUGAGCCUUGGUUUCCCCGGAUGCAGAACGGAGACUGACCAGGACAGCAGCGUCGCAGAUGGACCCGGGUCAGCCCAUCCAUUGGUGCCUUGGCUUAGGUGUCCUGUCAUUGCAGAGCCCAGUGACCUUUGAAGAUGUGGCCGUGUACUUCUCCAGGGAGGAGUGGGGGAUUCUUAAUGUAAGCCAGAGGCACCUGUACCACAGUGUGAUGCUGGAGAACUUUGAGCUCAUGACCUCACUUGGUUGUUGGGAUGGAGUGGAAGGUAAAGGGGCCCAUUCCAAGCAGAAUACUUCUGUAGAAGGGAUGUCACAGGUCAGGAUCCCCAGUGCAAAUCCUUCUACCCAGAAGGCUGACACCUGUGAUAUGUGUGGCCCAUUCUUGAAAGACAUUUUGCACCUGGAUGAACAUCAAAGAACAUAUCCUGAGGAGACCCUCUAUACAUGUGGAACAUGUGGAAGAGAAUUUUCGUUCAGUGCAAACCUUCACCAGCACCAGAAGGAGCUCAGUGGAGAAAAACCCUUCAGAUGGGACAAGGAUAAGGACUCACAUGUGGAAAAUCUUACAGUUCACCUGUCUUCACUUGUGGAAGCCCUUACUUGUGGAAAAGGUGGUAAGGAUGCCUUGGAGAGCCAUGACCUCUUCCAGCACUCAACCACUGACAGCAGCAGGAAGCCACAAAGGAGCACAGAGUGCAGGGAGACCUUUUCACACAACUCUAAUCUUGAGCAGCUCACAGAAGUCCAUACCACACAGAAGCUCUUUAAGUGCAGCAACUGUGGAAAAGCCUUUCAGAAGACCUCCACUCUCCUCAACCACCUGAGAACUCACUCUAAAGAGACACCAUUUAGAUGCCCAACAGUUGGAAAUUCCUUAGAGGAAUCAACCCUUAGAGGAAAAUCAACCCUUGUUAAUCACCAAAAAUGUCAUGAUCAGGAAACAUGUCAUGUGUGUAAAGCAUGUGGGAAGACCUUCAGUCACCCUUCUAAACUGAGGAAACAGCAGAAAUUUCACACUGGAGUAAAAUAUUAUGAGUGUGGUGAUUCUGGGAAAACCUUCCAACACAAACUCACACUUGUUCAUCACCAGAGAAUUCACACAGGAGAAAGGCCUUAUGAGUGUAGUGAAUGUGGGAAAGCCUUUAGUACCAGGUCACCUCGGCAUGAGAAAGUUCACACUGGAGAAAGGCCUUUUGAGUGCAGCAAAUGUGGAAGAGCCUUCAGCCAAAGCUCCAAUUUCCUUCGGCACCAGAAAGUUCACACUCAAGUGAGACCUUAUGAGUGCAAUCAAUGUGGUAAAGCCUUCAGCCGCAGCUCUGCCCUCAUUCAGCACUGGAGAGUUCACACUGGAGAAAGGCCUUACGAGUGCAGUGAGUGUGGAAGAGCUUUUAACAAUAACUCCAACCUUGCACAGCACCAGAAGGUUCACACUGGAGAACGGCCUUUUGAGUGCAGUGAAUGUGGUAGAGACUUUAGCCAAAGCUCCCACCUCCUUCGACAUCAGAAAGUUCACACUGGAGAACAGCCUUUUGAGUGCACCAAAUGUGGGAAAACCUUCAGCAAUAGUUCCACACUCAUUCAGCACCAGAAAGUACAUACUGGGCAAAGGCCUUAUGAAUGCAGCGAAUGUAGAAAGGCCUUCAGCCGCAGCUCCAGCCUGAUUCAGCACUGGAGAAUUCACACUGGGGAAAGGCCUUAUGAGUGCAGUGAAUGUGGGAAAGCCUUUGCUCACAGUUCUAGUCUCAUUGAGCAUUGGAGAGUUCACACAAGAGAAAGGCCUUAUGAGUGCAGUGAGUGUGGGAAAUUCUUUAGCCAGAACUCCAUUCUCAUUAAACAUCAGAAAGUUCACACUGGAGAAAGGCCUUAUGAGUAAAGUGAAUGUGGGAAAUUCUUUAGCCGAAAGUCCAGCCUCAUUUAUCACUGGAGAGUUCACACUGGAGAAAGGCCUUAUGAAUGCAGUGAAUGUGGGAGAGCCUUCAGCAAUAACUCUCACCUGGUUCGUCACCAGAGAGUUCACACACAAGAAAGGCCCUAUGAGUGCAGCCAAUGUCGGAAAGCCUUUAGUGAAAGAUCUACACUUGUUCAACACGAGACAGUUCACACCAGAGAAAGGACUUAUGAAUGUGGCCACUGUGGGAAAAUCUUCAGCCGCCUCUGCAAUCUUGCUCAGCAUAAAAGGAUUCAUACCUGA